CCGCGGGGCGGACGCUGGGAUGUCUGCGCCCCAGAUUCAAAUCGAAGGCGCGGGGGGCGAGGAGGGGCCGGCGGGCCCCCCGGAUGACCACCUCCGGAGCCUGAAGGCCCUCACCGAGAAGCUGAGGCUGGAGACCCGCAGGCCCUCCUACCUGGAGUGGCAGGCGAGGCUGGGAGAGCAGACGUGGCCCUUCCCGAGGCCCGCCGCCGAGCAGGAGGCCGAAGAGGGAGACGGCGGGCACAGGGAGCCCUUGCGGCCCCCGGGGGAGCCCGGGGAGCACCCCCCACCUGCCCGCGGCGCCGGCGGGGGCGACGGGGCGCCACCGUCCGCUGGCAAGCUGGAAGACUUCCAAAACAUCGACGAGGCGAUAACCUGGCUCAGGAAGGAACUGGCGGAGAUGCGGCUGCAGGACCAGCAGCUGGCCCGGCAGCUCAUGCGCCUGCGCGGAGACAUCAACCAGCUGAAGAUCGAGCAGACGUGCGGGCAGCACCGCAGGAUGCUCAACGCCGCCACCUACGAGCUGGAGGAGCGGGACGAGCUGGCCGACCUCUUCUGCGACUCCCCGCUCGCCUCCUCCUUCAGCCUCUCCACGCCCCUCAAGCUCAUCGGGGUCACCAAGAUGAACAUCAACUCCCGGAGGUUCUCCCUCUGCUGA